AUGGUGUCUUUCAAAUUAUGGCCUCGCAGUCGCAUUGCACCGAGCGAUGAUAUCCGUUCCGCAGACGAGAAGGCCCUGGUGCGCCGUCUUGAUAUCUUCCUCAUGACUUUCGGUUGUCUCUCACAGGUUAUAAAAUAUCUCGAUCAACAAAAUAUUAACAAUGCCUACGUCUCUGGCAUGAUGGAAGAUUUGAAUUUACACGGCAACGAGCUAAACUUAUUCACGACCUACUUCAAUGUCGCCUACUGCAUUAUGCUCAUCCCGUCCCAGAUUAUCCUCACCUAUGUGCGACCAAGUUAUUGGCUUCCUGGGCUGGAAAUAAUCUGGGGCGUGUUGACUGGGUUAAUCGCUAUGACCAGCAAUGCGAAACAAGUAUACGUUAUCCGUGUAUUCCUCGGUCUAUGCGAAAGCAGUGCUUGGCCUGGAAUGAUGACUCUAUUCAUGUACUGGUAUACACCAACAGAACUAGCUAAACGAAUGGGGUUCUACCACUCCUGUCAAGCAGUCGGACAAAUGUUGUCUGGUGCCAUGCAAGCAGCCAUCUCUGACACCCUAAACGGGCACGGCGGACUAGCAGGCUGGCGCUGGCUAUUCGUGAUCAACGCGAUCAUCACAGUUGUGUGGGGAUUCGCAGGAUUCUUCAUGAUCCCCGAUCUACCAAAUCGACCCAACCCGCGCGCUUUCUGGUUCAAAAAGGUGCAUGGUGAACUAUCGCUUGAGCGACUCGCUCGCAACGGACGUGCCGAGCCUAAGCGUAUGACAUGGGCCGGUGUUAAGCGCACAUUCUCCGGAUGGGUUGUAUACUUCAUUUCGAUCCUUUAUAUUGCGACCGUUCUUGGUACUUACGGGUAUGUCUAUUUCUCACUGUUCUUGAAGUCACUCAAGAAUCCGGAUGGAACGCCCAGAUGGACUGUGUCGCAGGUCAACGCAAUUCCUAUCGGGGGCUCGGCGAUAAAUGUUGUCUUCGUUUGGAUUUGGGCUUUGUUGUCUGAUUACUUGAAGACUCGAUGGACCUUGAUCGUUCUCCAGGCUGUUAUUGGAAUCAUCCCUUGCAUUGUCAUGAGUAUCUGGACAACACACCCAGACACGAUUGCUUUAUCGGCCGCCUACGCAUCGUACUUCAUCUCCUAUAUUUGUCUUGGUACAGCGCCACUCAUUUUUGCCUGGCUGUCUGAUCUUAUCCCUCAGGAUCCUGAGGCGCGGUCGCUUGCUGUUGGUGUUGCGGUUGCCGGGUACUACUCGAUCUCUGCAUGGUCGCAGGUUCUCGUCUGGCCUGCUUCCCAAGCCCCAUUCUACAAAUAUGGAUGGCAGUCUGCAUUGGCUCUGUUGGUACUGGUCAUUAUCAUGACUUGUACCUUGCGCUUCGUUGAUGUGCGAUACCUGGCACCGCAACGUGAGGAGUUCCGCGCUAUCCUGGAGGAUGACAUUGCGGCUGGUAAGGCUACUUCAUCUGCAGUUGUUGAUCAGGAGGGCGCAAGUCGGCAGAGAGAUGGGCCUUCGAAGUCUACUCACGUCACAACUGUGGAUGAGGUCUAG